ACACAGUCUUUUGACAGAGUUAGCGGUGUGUAAAGUCCAACACCGUUAAUGAAGGCAGUUGUAAGGCCAGCGGGAUGCUAAGGGAGGUGAGAAUUCACCACAGGUAGAUAGUAAUAUCUACUGUGAACACCAAAUUGGAUCAACCGGUAUUGUCUGCCUACUUAUCAGGGAUUUACAUUGAUGGAGUGGACACUUCGUGGACGGACACAUCAUUGACAGGAACUAACACAGGUAACAGGUAAAACGAGUCGACUUUGGGUCAAAGUUGACCGAGAAAGGCAUUAUGGGAUGUAGCACUAGCCGAACUACAAACAUGGAAGGGACGAAGAAUCCGCUGUCAUCUGUCGACAAAACGCUAAUCAAGAAAUCCUGGACAGAGUUCACUAACACUGGCAGCCUGGCUGACAUAGGGACGCCCAUGUUUGUCAAAUUGUUCACAGACUACCCGGAUGUGAAGACAAUAUUUUCGUUCAUGAAGGAGGGUGGCGGAUCCAUAGAGAGUGAGGCAGUUCGGAACCACGCGGAGGGGGUGAUGGGCGUAGUUGGCACAGCUGUAGAGGCUAUCGACAACCUGGACGGUUUAGUCCCAACUGUUAGGAGUUUAGGAGCCAAACACUACACGUACGGGGCCCAGGCAGCACAUUUAGGGCCCGUCGGCGAGUGUUUGUUGUACGCCAUGGAGAAGGAACUCAACGAGAAGUUUACCUUGGAAACAAAAGCUGCAUGGUUAAAAUUGUACAGCACCAUCAGUGUGGCCUUCCAGGAAGGACUGGAGGAGGAGGGACGUAAACAGGGGUGAACUCUAUAGACAACCUUCUAACAUAAACAGAAAUGAACUGUGUAGCUGACCUUGUAAAUAGGAAUGAACUCUAGUUGACCUUGUGACGUUAACAUUGAUGAACUCUGUAGUUGACCUUGUGACGUAAACAUGGAUGAACUCUGUAGUUGGCCUUGUGACGUAAUCAGGGCUGAACGAUGUAGUUGACCUUGUGACGUAAACAGGGCUGAGCUGUCUAGUUGACCUUGUGACGUAAACAUGGAUGAACUGUGUAGUUGACCUUGUGACGUAUAUAAGGCUAAGGGUCAUCGGUGUUCGUGAGUUAGUGUGGUUGUUUAGUGUCGGUGCCUGGUGAAGCGGAACAGUCUGUGAUCCAUUUUAGUUUGGUGUACUCCCUAAUGUCAGUAAAUGUUUGAUGCGACCGAGAACCUAAGUCUGUGAUAUAACCCAUCAGGUGCGUGACUGUAUAAACAGUGUUGUUUACCUUUUUAUAAGACAAAGGUGUGUUCCCUGUUUCUCAGCGUAUCAUUAAUAAACCUAACCCAAACAAA